AGAAGGUGUUGCGGUUAAUAUAAUACAUCCAUGGUUGCAGGUUUUACAUUUUACAGUCUGAUUUGUUAUGAUUAAAGAAACAGAGGUAGGAGUUGAUUUGCUAUGACAGUAAGUUACUGGCCAACAAAUGUGGAGGUUAAACAAAGUCCCCCAUAAAGCUGGUGGAGAGAUCAGCCGUUUGGAUGAGUUCAGAAAGAAGAGACGAGAACAUGAGAGAGCACUAAGGCAAGCCCGCAGAGACAAGCAACUUGUGAGCAAAAGACUCAUUCUCAAUGAGGAUGAGGACCAGCCAGAUGUCACCAUGGAUACGAUCCCUGGAGAACAGGAUGUGGUCAGUUUGUUGCACAAACUGAAGCAUGACGUGACAGAGAAAGAGGCUCACCUGAGAGCCUUGGGUAAAGUUCUGCGAGACCCAUCGGCACAGCUCACCUUCAUCAAGCAGGAGAACAGUGUGCAUCUGCUGGUUGGUCUCCUCACUGGCUCUAAUGCCCAGUGUCGUCUUCACGCUGUGAGGUGUCUUCAUGAGCUGUCUCACUCCCCAAACACCAGCGUGGGUGCAGCCUGUCUUCCUGCCACCCCCUACCUGCUCACCUACCUCGCAGGCCAGUCCCCCAGGUUCACAGAGCUGUGUCUCUACACACUAGGUAACAUGUGCCCCGACUGUGAGGUGGUGAGAGACAAACUCCUGGCUCAGGGAAUCAUACCCGCCCUCGCCAGCUGUAUUGAGAAUCAGAGACAUAACCUUGGCGUGGUGGAAGCAGUGUUCUUCACCCUCGGUCAGCUUCUCCAGACCAACGAUGCAGCAGAGAAAGUAAUCCCGCUGGUCCUGGCCUCGAGUUUACCCUCACACCUAUUAUCAGUCCUGAGCCCUGACCCAGAGUUUGGUCUCGCCCCAGCCAUUGAGAGUGCAUGGUGUCUGCACUUGCUCAUAUGCAGCACUGAGGAUCACAGAGAGCUGUUGGCUGGAGGGGCCCUGCUGCAGUGCAAGUCCCUGUUAGUGUCACUAGGUGGCAGCGUGGCUCAAGGGAACAGGGACCAAGGAAUUGAGUUGCUCGUCUCUCCUCUGCUGAGGUGUUUUGGAAACCUCUUGUGCUCCUGUCCAGUUGAAGAUCUCAACACACCAGGGGGUGAUGUUCCUCUGGUGGACGCCCUGUGUUCCCUUGUCCAUGCCUUCCUGCACACGCGGCCGGCCUUGGCCAGAAAGGCAGCUUGGGUCCUCAACAACCUCACAGCUCAUUCAGCUGAAUUCUGCUCUGCUCUCCUGACCUCUAACCUGGUCCUGGGGCUGAUCCAGCUCCUACCUUUUUCUCAAGGCAUUAAUACGAUGAUCAUCAGGAUUCUGGCAAACAUUGCCCACAAGAAACAGGAGUUCUGCGUGGAGUUGGCUGAGCUCGGGCUGCUGCCGGCCCUCUCCGCCACACUCAGAAUGGCCGACCAAGAAAUGGUGACGCUGAGCCUGGACAUCCUGUACAUGAUGGUUGUUAGGAGGCCACAGGUAGCAGAAGAGUUUGUGAAGCAAGGCGGCUUUGCCAUUUUAGAAGCUAUUCAAUAUAACAGUGAAGGUGAGAUGAGACGAAGAGCAACUUACCUCCUGGAGCGACAUUUAGGGAUUUACCAGUAAUGUGCAACAGAAACAAUGUAUAGUUUUGUUUGUUUGUAUGUCUUUUAAAUCUGUGGCAUUUUAGGAUGGUCAGUGGUGAGGAUGUAGGAAAAGCUGUUUACAUCCAGUCAUGUAUACUUUUUAAAAUCUGUACUUCUGCAUAUGAAAUUAGAUUUUUUUUAAA